UCGAUUCAGUGAGCACAAAGUAAGCUUUAGUCUAAUGUGUGACUUAAUUAAGUUUCAUCCAAAAUACAACAAUGUUAAAAAACCUGCUGGCACUUCCUGUAAGAUCUAUGGAGGGCCUUCCUCCCACAGCAAUGCAGCAAACACUAGACAGCAGCAGUCACAUGAACAAGGUUGCUUGAUUGUAUCAAAAAUCUACACAGAUUUUGUUUGUUUGAAAAGAAAAGUUGUAUCAACAGAAAAGAUCCAAAAGUGUUCAGUGAAAAAUUGCUUAUCCAUUCACUAUUCAGAUCUCCAUUUGUCGCCAAACAUUUAAAUAGCUGAACUCUGAAUUAAGGAUACAAUAUGUUGAAGAAUUGAGGUUCCUACCUCCUCCCCUCCCCUCAGUCUGCCUGUGCUGUCUUUCAAAUCUCCUGUGAAGGUUUUGAAGAAAAACCUACUCCCAGUACAUCUGGAGGGUGAUCUAUUUUAUAAAAACAGUUGACCAAAGAAUGAAAUAGAGGCAGAGCUGCAAUCUUUUCUUUGCUGUCAUUACGGUUGGUAUUGCUGAGCUUACACAAAAGAGAUUUGCAGGCCAAUGUCCACUGUGGGAGUUGUGGAACUCUCAUAUUUGCAAGACAGACAGACACAAGUGGCUUUCAGCUGGUGACUUACUUCAUGCCCAGUGAGUCAUUAAACCAGCUACUUUGCCCACCUCUGACAAUACAGUAUAAUGGUACAGAAGAGAGUUCAGCUUUCCUCCUGAACACCCCUCCACUUCGCCAAGAAUGUCAUGUCUCAGGCCAAGGCCAGUUGACUUGGGAAAUGCAGCCCUGUAUGUCGAAACACUAUCUGAAGUAUUUCAUCGGAAAGUUGGUUGCCUUUCUAUAUUUGGGCCUGGAGCUCUUUGUUUGAGAUAUUUUUCGACUUUGCAACAAAUAUAAAAUGAUGAAGAAAUGGAUCUGAUACAUCUGUCUCUCUCUCUCCUUCUCUCUCUUUCUCUCUCUCUCUCUCUCUCUCUCUCUCUCUCUCUCUCUCUCUCUCUCUACUUCCACACCCCAGUCUCACGGUCUUAUCCUGCAAACUGCAGUUAAGGGCUUUGUGGAGACAAAUCACCAUAUUCUGUAGUUGUGUCUUGACCUGUUGUUACAAAAUUAGCUGUCAAUGGCUCAAAAUACGGACUCAAUGUCUUUCAGGUGUAUGAAGAUAAUUUUCUUGUGGAUGUAGAUGUUCGCUUAAAUUUACUUGAUAGCACUUUUAUGACCAUUUGCAGAAUACCUGACAGUGCAAACAACAAGGUAGAUGGGAAACCAUGCACUCUAAAAUCUAUCAUGAAAGAAUAAAUUUGAAGACAAUAAGCGGUUAAGGUUUUGCUUUAUUCAGACUACAAGGAAUACAAAGGAAACUGCCGAUGUGCGAACAAUUACUGGGUGCAAGUGUUUGUUUAAAAUGACAUUCUUCACAACUAAUUUCAGCAGCGGAAACAAUGAUAACAUUCCGAGCUGUGAGGAGCUUGCAAGUCCAGUGCCUCCAGAGACAGUUGCUGAGAUCAGAAAGUAAGAAUUGAUCCAAUGUGUGAGGAAAUGAUGCUUUAAUCAGAAUACAAAAAUGUGAAGGGCAAUUGCUGGAGGGCCACCAUUUUCAGGAACAUUACUUAGGGACUUUUUCCUGAAACUUAGCAGCAUCUGUGGAGAGAAAGCAGAUUGGGCGCUUUGAGUUAAGGUUCCCCUGUUCAGAACUUUGCAUCUCUGAAGAAGUGUCGCUUUGCCUCAACAUGAACUCUGUUUUCUGUCUGCAGAUGCUGCAAAACCUGUUGAGUUUCUCUAGCAACGUCUGCCUUUCUUUCAGAUUUUCUGUGUCUGUAGUUUUUUUUACAUUAAAGAAACAGUUGGCUGUUAUUCUAAUAUUUGCUCUGUUCUUAGUGUUGUAAAAAGAAAUUUUAGAUGGAAGCUUGUGGUUCACGCUGCAGGCCUUCUGCUGGAUCUGAAACCUGGAGGCCUUGGCCGAUUCCAGUGGUAACCAGAAAGAAAUUGUUGCCGGGUUACUCACCAGUUGACGGUUUGGCUCAGUUUUGACAGCUGCUGGUCCAGAGAAAGGGAUGGCAGAUCAGCAUCUUUCUCAGCCCUACUGUCAAUGCUGAUUGUCACUGAGGUUGUGUAAGUGGGCACCAUCUGGGAAAUGAGGGAGGCAGUCCUUAGAAGUCAAGGAGAGUCCAGAUGUCAAAGAGAACUGGUCCAUGUCACAUAGCUUUGCAAUGUGUAGGUGGUAAACUCCCUCCCUGCCAUUUUCCUAAUCCUCCCGCCUCCCAUUUAAAUGCCAGUGAAUGAUUGGGCAUGCAUUAACAUACGAUCUUUAAUGGAACAUUUCUUUUCCAAACAUUGGACUGUGCACUGCCGGUAAAUAUAUUGAAAAAUUUGACUCUCUAACUCUAUUUCCAGUGUUAUUACAUGCCCCACCUCCCCCCAUCGCCCAAAAAAAAACAGACUGUGUUGUUUUGAAAACAUGUGUGAAAGUUGAAAUUCCUUCUUCCUUGCAACUCCCCUAGCUUCUCUUCCAGACUCAACUCUUGUCACUUGCAAACCACCUUUUAAUGCUUGGAGGUGAAACACAAAUCUUGAUCUAUUGUAGUUCAUUGUAGUUAUUGUAGUACAUCAGAAAUGUUGCCUGUUUAACAAACCCAGUUGAUAAGUACUUGAAAACUUGGGAGAGCUUGUCAUCUGAAGAGUGGUUGAGGGUUUUGGUUCUGCUCAGGAUGGAGUUUUGAAGGAUGGGAGGGAAUGUCAUUGAAACUUUCAGAAUACUGAGAGACCUGGAAGGAUUGCACAUGGAAUGGAGAAGAUGUUUCCACUAGUAGGAGAGAUUAGGACAUGCCGACGCAGUCGCACAGUGAAGAGACCAACCUUUAGAACUAAGGUAAGAAAGAAUUUCUUCAGUCAGGGAGUCGCUCAUCUGUGGAAAACAUUGCAGAAAGCCAUCGAGGCCAAGUCAUUAGGUCUAUUUAUGAUAUAUAGAGAGAAGGGUUCUUGAUUAAUAAGAGGAUCAAAGGUACCAGAAGAAGGCUGGCAAUUGGGCUUGAGAAACAUCACAGUCAGAAUUGAAUGGCAACGCAGACUCAGCAGGUCAAAUGAGCUAAUUCUGUCCCUAUAUCUUAUAGUCUUAUGGAUCCACACAAAAUACUUCAAUGUUCGUUUUGUGAGUAAGUCAUUUCUGGGUGCAAGUGCUUGUUUACAAUGUCUUUAAUUUUUGCCUUAUAUAGUCAGGAACGCAAAUGCAAUGUUGGCAUUUAUUUUGAAUGUAAAAACAGGGCUGUACCUCUGAGGCUUUGUAAGGCUCUGGUCAGGUCAUACUUGGAAUGCUGCGUGCAGAUUUGCGCCCUAUAUCUCAGGAAGGAUGUACUGUCCCUGGAAUGGGUUCAGAGGAGAUUCACGACAAUUGUCCCAGGAAUGGAAAGCUAAACAUAUGGGGAACGUUUGUGGAAUCCAGAACUAUAUUCAUUGGAGUUUAGAAGGAUGAGGGGUGAUCUAAUUGAAACUUUCAGAAUACUGAAUGGCCUGGACAGAGUGGAUGUUGGGAAGAUGCUUCCAUUGAUAGGAGAGACGAGGACCCGAGGGCACAGCCUUAGAAUAAUGAGGAGACCUUUUCAAUUGGAGAUUUGGAGAAACUUCUUCAGCCAGAGAGUGUUGAAUCUAUGAAAUUCACUGCCACAGAAGGCUGUGGAGGCCAGGACAUUUAAAACUGAGACAGAUAGGUUCCUGAUUAUCAAGGGGAUCAAAGGCUAUGGGGAGAAAGCAGGAGAAUGGUGUUGAGGAACUUAUCAUCAAUGACUGAAUGGCAGAACAGAUUCAAUGGGCUGAAUGGCCUAAUUUCUGCUCCUAUGUCUGAUGGUCUUAUGGUCUUAAUGAAUUGCAGGUCCAAAACCUUUGACAGCCCAAACUCUGAGAAAGAUGAAGAACCAAGUUCACCAAAAGCGACUGCAGAAAUCUCAAAUUCUGGAAAUGGUGAGGAAAAUGGAAGUUGUGGUGAGGAAAAUGGAAGUUGUGGUUCUUCAGGAUCAAGCGAAAUAAUUGCUCAAAAAGAGGAAGGAACAAUCCAGAAUAAUUUUGAUUUGGAAGAGGUCCAACUUCAAAAGGAGCAAGAAGGCGUUUGCAGCAAUUGCAGCUGUGAAAGCGUUGAGUCCAAACACUCUCUGAAUUCUGAUGAAAUUCAGAAUUUAAGUUCACUGGAGAAGGGAGCGACAGUCAAGAAAAGCAUAGACUUCAACAGAUCAAGCUUUCUAGAAGAAUAUAAUUUCAGUCCUGCAGAAAAAGAAACACUAAUGAAAAUUGCUAUUCCUGAAAUUCUCGAAAUCUGGCUGGAGGAGUCUGCCGAAGACUUUCGUCAAGUUCCAACUUACUCUUGCCUCCGGAAGGUACUUUCCUACUUGAACCAGACAGUGCCGGGGUCAGAUGCUGAACAACGGGCCCAGAAACUCCUGAGUCGGUUUUCGGUGGAGGAAACAGCGGAGAAAGAGAUGUUCAAAGGCUACCGUAGAAGAGUCAGAUUCUAUGUGGGAGAAGAACACGACCAAACCAUCGAACAAGUUGACGAAAAGCUUCUGUCCUACCCAUCACGCUUCAUUGCAGAGCAGCUGACUUUUAUGGAUGCUGAUCUUUUUCGGAAACUUGUGCCCAGCCAAUGUUUAGGGUCCAUCUGGUCUCAACGAGGGAAGGAAGAAAAACAGCAUCUGGUAUCAACCGUCCAGGCCACCAUUACACAGUUCAAUAAUGUUACAAAAUGUGUCACCAGCACCAUAUUAAGACCUCAACAGCUGAAACCACGGCAGACGGCUAAAAUCAUUGAGAAAUGGAUUGAUGUUGCCCAGGAAUGUCGGAUUUUGCAGAAUUUCUCGUCAGUGCAUUCUAUUACCAUUGCAUUGCAAUCAAAUAGUGUGUUCAAUUUGAAGAAGACUUGGGCAGCCGUGUCAAAGAGCAGUAAGAUAACAUUUGAAGACCUUUCAAACAAUGAAGAAGAUAACUUUAUAGCAAGUAGAGAGCUGCGAAUGGAGGAUAUCGUUCAGGGAAUUGUGCCGUACCUGGGAACUUUCUUGACAGAAUUUUCAGCGCUGGAUUCGGCUUUCCCGAAUUACCAUUCAAAUGGCUUGAUCAACUUUGACAAGAGACAAAAACUCCUCUGAACUCGAGAAACCGCCAAAGCCCAAAAAGAGUGUGUUUAAAUGCCUCAGCUGCCUGUUUUCAAAGAGAGGUGUUAAAGUCCACAACACUCAAACUAAAAGCUCUGAGCAGCGAGCAUCCCUUCAGAAUGAGGAUUCAGACGACAGCAUUACCGCAGCCAGCA